AUGAAAUUUUUAGCACUGUUCAUAGUUCUUGGAGUUCUAGGAAUCAAAGCUCACGAAGGAAGGCAUUUUUUCCACAAAGCUGUCUUUAUUAAGUUCAUUCAAUCCCAACCAAAAGUUUGCACAGAUGAAGUUGGAUGUUUUCAGGGGAAGUAUGAGCGUGGACUUGAGAAGCCUUAUGAGGCCUUCUACGGGAUUCCAUAUGCUGAAUCACCUGUUGGGAAGUUGAGAUUUGAAGAUCCUCUUCCGCAUAGUGGAUGGUACGGCUAUUGGGAUGCUUCGUAUCCAAGAAGUGAUUGCCUGCAGAGAAAUGUUUAUAUAGCAAGUCAGCCUGUUGUUGGCUCUGAAGACUGCUUGUAUCUGAAUGUCUAUCGUCCGUUGUUAAGGAGUUCAGAGAAGCUACCUGUUAUUGUGUACAUUCAUGGUGGAGGAUGGUUCACCUUCUCAUCCAAUCCCCGUCAAUACGGUCCGGAGUAUUUUAUGGACAACAGGCAAGUGAUUUUAGUGACUCUUAACUACAGACUUGGAAUACUUGGCUUUCUCUGCUCUGGCGAUGAAGCCGUUCGUGGAAAUUUUGGCCUAAAGGACCAACAAAUGGCCCUUAAAUGGGUGGCUUCAAACAUUGAGGCUUUUGGAGGGAAUCCAGAUUCAAUAACUCUGGUUGGGCAGAGCGCAGGAGCUGCUUCCACUCAUUUUCACAUGAUGAAUCCUGAGUCUCAGGCUCAAUUCCAUCGAGCUGUCAUGAUGAGUGGUUCUGCUCUGAGUCAAUGGUCUCUGUACUAUGACAACUACGAACCUAGGUAUCGUCUUAACGCUAAGUAUGCAGGAAUAGAAAAUGCAGACUCAGCUUCAACCUACGAAUUGGCGAAUGAACUAAAGAAAUUGGAUGCAAUGAGUUUCAUUGAGGCUACUGAUAAAGAACAGAUCGUUUUUGGAGUUCCUGUAACGCCUCAUCGUCCCUGUAUUGAGGGUGAUUGGAUUGGAGCAUUCAUCAAGGAAGAUCCAAUGAAAGUCUGGACUGAAGGACGUUUCGUGCAGAAGCCAAUCCUAGCUGGAUAUACAAGGGAUGAAGGAGUUUUUGCAGCUGUUACAACAACGAAUUCUACAGCAUUGGAGGAGUUUAAUCGUGAUAUUUACAAUAUUCUUCCGAUUGCGUUGGAUUUUGAUCCUGAGUACACAGCAGAUGUCAUAAAAUUUUACUUUGGGAAUAAGGACUACAUAGAUGAGACGAAUGCUAAGGAGUAUUACAAAAUGUUUGGUGAAAGAUUGAUUACUCAGCCAAUGAUUGUGACUUUUAAAGAGUACCUAAAGUAUGCGGAUGUCGGAAGAAAUCCUCUCUACCUGUACGAGUUUGCUUUUGAGGGUCCCUACAGUUUAUUAAGUAUAAUGUCAGGGAAGGAUUUAAAUUUAGGAGUUAGUCAUUCAGAUGAUCUGCUCUUUCUCUUCACCAUGACAGACUUCUUUCCACCCUUCGAGGUGAAUUCUGUUGAACGCCGAAUGGCCGACAUUUACGUGGAGACUUUAGUUCAUUUUGCUUCUCACGGGCAAAUGAAGAUUUGGCGGAACUUUAGGCCUUGCACAGCUGCUACGGCUAAUCCCUACUGUGAUCGUCAGGUGUUUGAGCGUUCCAACAAGGAAGCUGAUUGGGAUCAAAUUAUGGUGACUGUUACAAAUCAGAUUAAUGAAGAAAUGGUUGAUUUUUGGAAUCGAAUUGAUGUCCGUUGA